UAUGGCAAUUGACCUAAGGGAAACAUUUUUAGAAGCUGAGGAGUUUAAAAAACUUGGGAAUGAUUUCUAUAAGGAAAAAAAAUACGAGGAUGCUAUUGACUGUUACACCAAAGCUAUUGAACUAGAUAGUAACAACGCUAUUUAUUUGGCGAAUAGAGCUAUGGCUUACCUUAAAACUGAAGCUUAUGGUUACGCCCUUGCUGAUAGCUCAAAAGCUAUCGAACUCGAUCCGCACUAUUUAAAAGGAUAUUAUCGAAGAGCUUCUGCUAACCUUGCUCUAAACAAAUACAAAGAAAGCUUAAAAGAUUUUCAAACGAUAACCAAGUUAGCACCAAAAAAUAAAGUUGCUAAAGAGAAGUCCAAAGAAUGUGAAAAGAUAAUUAGACAAAUUCUUUUUGUGGAAGCAAUUUCUUUCGAUGACUGUAAAAAGUCAGUAGUUGAUGAUAUCCACUUGGAUUCUAUAAAAGUAGAAGAUUCUUAUUUAGGACCUUCCCUCCCCUCGGACGGCAAAGUUACUGAAGAUUUUUUAAAAAGUCUUAUUUCUUGGUUUAAAGAUCAAAAACCACUUCAUAAAAAAUUUGCUUUUCAAAUUAUUAUAGAGGCCCGCAAACUUUUUGCUGGUUAUGAAAGCCUCGUAUACGUAGACAUCCCUGAAAAUGCUGUUUUUAAUAUAUGCGGCGACACGCACGGACAGUUUUAUGAUCUUCUUCAUAUUUUUGAAAUCAACGGAUACCCGGGCCCUAAUAACUUAUAUUUAUUUAACGGGGACUUUGUCGAUCGUGGUUCUUUUUCUUACGAAGUGAUUUUCGUUCUCUUUUCUCUGAAGCUUCUGCACCCUGAAUACUUUUUUUUAUCGCGUGGAAACCAUGAAACCGUUUCGAUGAAUCGCAUGUAUGGAUUUGCUGGCGAGGUCAAGGCCAAAGGCACCGAACUUAUGCUUAAACUUUUUCAUGAAACUUUUUGUUGUUUGCCACUUGCUUAUGUCGUGGAAAAAAAGAUUUUUUGUGUUCAUGGUGGUCUGUUCAGCGAAGAUGGUGUUACUCUUGACGACAUCAGGAAAAUUAACCGCUUUCAAGAGCCUCCUGAAUCUGGUCUGAUGUGUGAUCUUUUAUGGUCGGAUCCAAUGCCUCAGAACGGUCGCUCUCCCAGUAAACGAGGUGUAGGUCUUCACUUUGGCCCGGAUGUAACGCAGCAGUUUUUGGCUCACAACCAACUCGAGUAUAUUGUUAGAAGUCACGAAGUGAAAGAUAAUGGCUAUGAAAUUGCGCAUGACGGAAAGUGUAUAACCGUUUUUUCAGCUCCCAACUAUUGUGAUCAAAUGGGUAACAAAGGGGCUAUUCUCACGGUUACAAAAAACGAUCUUUCUCCCCAAUUUAAAACAUUCACGCACGUGCCUCAUCCGGAUGUCAAGCCAAUGGCGUAUAUGAAUAUGGGAACUAUGUUUGAGCUAUAGGUGGAUUGCAGAUUUUAUUAUUAUUGGGGAUAAAAUUAUUAACGGA